CUCAGUCGCGGCUGGGAAAGCGAAGGGAAGGAAGCGCGUGCGAACAUACGUUUGGUUUUUUUUUUUUAAAAAAAUCCGUGCCUGGCGAGAGUUUGUGCUACUUUUCCCGAGUUUUAUGCUCUCCCUUUCCUCCUGCUCUUGUUUUGAGGUUUUAAUUUGAACUCGCCAACGAGGAUUAACGAAUAAUACCCGUGGGUGCAAGACUUCCAGGCCGGUGGGAGGGCCAUGGAGGAGGAGAAGUACCUGCCGGAGCUGAUGGCCGAAAAGGACUCCCUGGACCCUUCCUUCACCCACGCCUUGAGGCUGGUCAACCAAGAAAUCGACAAAUGCCAGAAAGGGGAAGGCAAGGAAGAAGAAAAAUACAUUGAUGUAGUGAUUAACAAAAACAUGAAACUGGGACAAAAAGUGUUAAUUCCAGUGAAGCAGUUUCCCAAGUUCAACUUUGUGGGAAAACUUUUGGGCCCACGUGGCAAUUCUCUGAAGCGCUUGCAAGAAGAGACAUUGACAAAAAUGUCAAUAUUGGGAAAAGGAUCCAUGAGGGACAAAGCAAAGGAAGAAGAGUUGAGGAAAAGUGGAGAAGCAAAGUAUUUCCAUCUAAAUGAUGACUUGCAUGUCUUAAUUGAAGUGUUCGCCCCACCAGCAGAAGCAUAUGCCAGGAUGGGACAUGCACUGGAAGAAAUUAAAAAGUUCCUUAUCCCUGACUACAAUGAUGAAAUCCGGCAGGCACAAUUGCAAGAAUUAACUUACUUAAAUGGCGGCUCAGAAAAUGCAGAGGUUCCAGUAGUUCGUGGAAAACCCCCUUUACGGUCACGAGGAGUACCUACACCUACUUUGGCCAGAACUCGUGGAGGUGUACCUCCCCCACCCACUGGCAUUCCAAGAGGGGCACCAGCACCCAGAGGCAUACCCCCUGGGAGAGGUCCCAUCUCUCGUGGUCGUGGUCUUCUGACACCCAGAGCAAGAGGAGUUCCUCCAUCUGCAGGCUAUCGACCUCUCCCACCACCUCCAGCACAAGAUACAUAUGGAGAAUAUGAAUAUGACGAUGGAUAUGGCACUUCGUAUGAUGAACAGAGCUAUGAUUCCUAUGAUAACAGCUAUAACGCUUCUGCACAGAGUGGGACAGAUUACUAUGAUUACGCCCAUGGCCUGGGUGACGAGACAUACGAUUCUUACAGACAAGAAGAAUGGACCAAUUCAAGACACAAGGCGCCACCAGCAAGGACAGCAAAGGGAACCUUCAGAGAACAGCCAUAUGCCAGAUACUGAUUAUUCUGUCUGAUGUUGUGAAAUACCCAAUCUCCACCAGUCCUGUAUACUGUUCAAAGUAAUUUUUUUCUAUGAACAAUCCCUUUUUAUUAAAAUCAAAAGUGCUUAAUCUGAAUGGACGGACUGAGCUUAAUCUAUUUUUUGCUGAAUGAAAACCUGGACAGGAAGACAUGUGAAAGGAGAAGCUUUGUUAUUUCCAGAUUGUAUUUCAGGGGAGAAAAAAAAGGGGGAAAAAUAGGCGAUCAAAACAAAAAAAAAAGGAAAAAAAUAACCUUUGAUUAACUAGUGUUAAAAGCAGUUAGAUUUACUAAAUAUGUUAAUCCAUGAUUUUAACCUAAGCGUAACCUUUUAUUUUAAAGGUUUUUCAACAAUUUAGUUCUUCUAGUUUUACCUUUCCACCAUUUUGGUAGUCUUUCUCUUGCAAACAUGCAUAAAAAGGGAAGCAGAUCAGAAAUGCAAAUGUGGUAUUUUGUAAUUUGAGUCUUGAAAUGUUCUGUAGUGUUAAGCAGAGUUUACUCUUGCUUGAUACUAAAUAAACUUUUGAAAGAAAAAUCAGUGUGUGUGAGAGUAUGCAUUUAUUUAUUUAAAAACCUGCAUAAAUAGUAGUAAAACAGGGAGGGAGUGAUUUUAACAAUGAUCAAUAUAAAAUGUUUCCUACUUAAAACACUGUACAACUUCUUUUGUUUUUUUAAAUAAAAUGGUAUAAACCAAACAGUGGAUUUCAUCAUAUAUAUAUUUCACCCAUACACACAAUAUAGACUUAAAGACUUGUUUAAAAAAGUAUCCAAAUGUUCUUGACCUGCUGGUAUGCCAUUUUUUUCUUUUAAAAAAAGAGCAAAGUCUUGGUUUAAAAAUAGCUAAUACAUUUUCUGAAACAAAACAUUAAAAAGAAAAACACUUGUGACGUAGUUUUCAUCUUGUUGAGCCUUUCUUCAAUAGUGCAACUUUGGAUUAUUUUUUUUUCCCGUUCUGUUCUUUUGAGAAUUUUGGUACCUUAAUGACAACCUCGCUCAGUGCUGGAAGCAAUAAACACAAAGCUUUUAAAGACUUUCUGACUUGACUAAUUGAGGUCGCUUUCGUCAGAGGCAGAGGAUGUGUAACCCUUAAAACGGUCUUCAUUUGCAAAGGAAACAAUGAAUGCCAUGGAAAAACCAAGAGGAUUAAAGCCUGUUUCCUGUUGAUGCUUUGGGACUUCGCUAUGGACAGACUAAAAAUACUUCCUUCACCAGCGUGCCUUGGAAACAAUAGCCAGCAGCGAUAGAAAUUUCAGUUGGAUUUCCUUUCUAUGCGACCUGCUGUACUGCAGACUUUAUAGUAUGUAUAGCUUUUUAGAUAUCAGUUUUAAUGCUCAAAAUGUUUCAUUCACUUCUGCUGUAACUUUGUGAAGCUGUUAAUAAAGGAUAUUCUAUUUCA